GGCGUGUUUGGACUUCACACUCGCUUUUAUUGUUUCAGUCAUUCUAUUCAACGGUCCGUGGCGCCCGUCACCUCCUCGGCCCGGCCCGCCCCUCCUGCGGAGUUCCCUCGGGGCCGCCCGGGAGCCGGCGGCGUGAGCGCCGCCGUAGACUCAGCGAAGCGCUACCUUGUGACGUCGGCGACGGAAGAGGCGGACUCUCUGCUGCUACCGGAAGCCGUCCGCUUUUUUGAUUGGCUGCUCCAGACGUCCGUUAGGGCGUGUUGCCUUUUCCGCGUGCAGCCCCUGAGCGUGGGCGGCCCAGUGGGGGUGUGUGCAGGGGUUUCCAGGCCCCGCAGCAACACCCCAGCCCCUUCCAUCAGGGGUUGGCUUAGGGUCGCCCCUGGCGGGCGGCUCUCGAAUCUUAAGGAAGAGCUCGAAAACUCAGACCCCCUUGGGGCCGCGGAGGCCCUCUGGGCUGGCAGGAAGAUGGCGGCAGCAUCGGUGUCUGCGACUUCAGGGUCUCAGUUCUCGAACAUCUUAGUCGAACCCUCAAGGUCUAACGGAAGUGUCAUUCGCCAUUCCUCAUCUCCAUAUGUAGUAUAUCCACCUGAUAAGCCUUUCCUUAAUAGUGAUCUACGGCGCUCCCCGAAUAAGCCUACAUUUGCCUAUCCGGAAAGUAACAGCAGAGCCAUAUUUUCUGCUCUGAAGAAUCUUCAAGAUAAGAUUCGACGCUUAGAACUUGAAAGGAUUCAGGCAGAAGAAAGUGUGAAAACCUUGUCUAGAGAAACAAUUGAAUAUAAGAAAGUAUUGGAUGAACAGAUACAAGAAAGAGAGAAUUCAAAGAAUGAGGAGUCAAAGCACAAUCAAGAACUGACAUCUCAGUUGUUAGCUGCAGAAAAUAAAUGUAAUCUUUUAGAAAAACAGUUGGAAUACAUGCGCAAUAUGAUAAAGCACGCAGAAAUGGAAAGAACGUCUGUGUUAGAAAAACAGGUUUCCCUUGAAAGAGAACGACAACAUGAUCAAACACAUGUGCAGAGCCAGCUGGAAAAGCUGGAUCUUCUUGAACAGGAGUAUAACAAACUUACCACAAUGCAGGCCCUGGCAGAAAAAAAAAUGCAAGAGUUGGAAGCAAAACUCCGGGAAGAACAACAGGAAAGGAAACGUAUGCAAGUUAAGGCAGCCCAGUUGCAGACUGGGCUAGAAGCAAAUAGAAUUAUUUUUGAAGAUAAGACAACUCCAUAUGUUCCCAGUGCAAGAAGAGUUAAAAAAAAGAAGUCAAAACCACCUGAAAAGAAAAGUUCUAGGAACUAUUUUGCUGUACAACCACAUUAUAGAUUAUGCUUGGGGGAUAUGCCGUUUGUAGCUGGAAAGUCCACCAGUCCUAGUCAUGCUGUGGUAGCCAAUGUUCAGCAUGUCCUGCAUCUGAUGAAGCAACACAGUAAAGCCCUGUGCAACGAUAGAGUGGUCAACAGUGUUCCUAUUACAAAGCAAAGUUCUUCACGAAGUGGUAAAAGUAAGAAGUUGUCAGGAACACCUCCCUCCUCCAACAGCGUUAAUGAAGAGCUAUCAGAAGUCUUACAGACUUUACAAGAUGAAUUUGGGCAAAUGAGCUUUGAUCACCAGCAGCUUGCGAAACUUAUCCAAGAAUCCCCAACUGUUGAACUGAAGGACAACUUAGAGUGUGAACUGGAGGCAUUAGUGGGGAGGAUGGAGGCCAAAGCCAACCAAAUAACUAAAGUUCGGAAAUACCAAGCCCAGCUGGAGAAACAGAAGAUAGAGAAGCAAAAGAGGGACUUGCGAACCACCAGAAGGACUCUUGAUGAAGAAGGAAACAGCAGCAGUCGAUCCUCUGGAACCACAGGGACCACAAACAAGAAGGAUGUUGCCAAGCUGAGACCCGGUGAGAAAAGCAGGAAGAAUCUGCAGUUAUUGAAGGACAUGCAAACCAUACAGAGUUCAUUACAAAGCAGUAGUUUAUGUUGGGAUUACUGACUGUUACCAGGUCAUAAAUUUUAUUCAGAUAAUCUGUACCUCAUCAAUCAGAUUUGGCCAGUUUACUCUCCAGGUCUCGUACUCUCUUUUGGAAUUAAUAAAUAGCAGGUGUGAAGGGGCCCAGGCUUCAUCACACAGGCUUCUUGUGUGAUGUAUCAUGACUAAAUGUUAAACCACCUGAAUGGAAACCAGGGGAGUUUUAACAGCUAGGAAGCCACACACUCUGCUUCUUUGAGAUGAAUUUGCUGUAAUGAAAUACUGCACUUUGUAAACAAAUUGCCAAUUUUUUACUUGCGGGUGUGAUUUUUUUUUAAUAGUUCUUUACAUAUCUAAGUAAAAUUAGGUUUAAAUUAUCAAAAUAUGAGGCUGUCCCAUAGGCAGUGUUUGCUUAAAAAGUCUCCUUUUAGAUCUUCCCCUGUCACGAACCGCCUGUUUCUCCUUUCCAAUAUGACCAUUAAAUGUACUUUGACUAUUGAUGGAGGUUUUCUCUAUUUAAGUAUUUAUACAUAUUUAAGAGGAUUGUUUUGCUUUUUGACAUUUCAAACACUGAUCAGUAUUUAAUACACUUGUAUUGAUGUUAUCCAUCAUUAAAAAAAUUUAAAGACCCAAGCAUUCAUUUUAAGUCCAUUAACUGCUGAAAUUAUAAAAGCAUUUUUUAAAGAAUAAACAUUGUUAAUGAAGUAAAAGCUUUUAGAACGAAGAUGGAAGAUGAAAUGUUGUAAAGCAUAUACAUUUGCUGUUUUUAAAUACCUGUUUGUAAUCAUGCUAUUCAGUUUGAGGCAUUGUGGUUUUCAAUCUUGAAACUUAGAAGAACCCUGGACAUGGUAUCGGUGUAUAGUAUGAGUGUGGCAUUAACUGUACACAUGCAGUUUGUCAAUACGUUAAUAAUGUAAAUCAUAAUUCUGCAUAGAUCAAGACAUGUUAACUUUUUAUAUAUUUGCCACUGAAGUAAAUAAAGCAGCUUUUCUAAGGAAACACUGAAAUUUUCCUUAACA